CCGGGAAAUUUCCCAACAGCUUCUGUCUGAGGCAAACGGCCGAACAAACAAGACAUUUUGAAGGCUGUUUGAACGGUUAAAAUGGACGACCCAUCUUUCUUUGAAGUCGAACUGGACGAAGAGAAAGCUAAGAGGAGUAUAUUAGUCACGGAUGUGCCUGAAAAUAUCUCUCCUAAAGAUGUUGUUAUUCACUUUCAAAAGGGAAGCAAUGGCGGAGGCGAAGUUGUGAAUAUUGAUGAUCAUGGCAGUGAACACCGUUCGCCUGUCGUUAUAACAUUUGAAGAUCCUUCAAUUGUGGAAAGCGUCAUUGAGACUCAACAUAUCAUAAAGGGAAAAGAAGUCACCGUAAACCGAUACCCUGUUGAAACAAAGAUACCCGAGAUCUUUGCAAGUGUAGAGGCAAGAUUGAAUAUUGAUGUCUUUUAUGGCUCCGUUUCCUCAUUAAAACAAGUACUCCGCUCCCUACAACGUGACUAUGGAAUUAAAUGUUACAAGAAUAGCUAUGGAUUUACAAUCAGUGGAUCAUACGAGCAGAUUAUAUAUUGCCAUAAAUAUAUCCUUAAUGAGAUUCGUAAUUGCAAAGGUACACAACAGAUGCCACCAGGAUCUGCUCAUAAUAGCAUGCCUAUAGAAGCUGCGUUACCUCAUGAAAGGGGUGCCACUUUAACAUCUACAGGAACAAGUGAUGAUGAAAAGAUAGAUUAUAUGGCUUUCCAAUCUGUUCCUAUCAUCUUGGAAUUUAUCUUUACUGUCCCAAAGUAUAAAAAGAGAAUCCAAUUCAUUGAGUCAGAAUUCAAUGUCAAAAUUGGUGCAGUUGAUGGUGGAUUAAAUGUGGUAAUCAGCCCAUUGCCAGGAUGCACACCAACGCAACAUGAUGAUGCUUGUGAGGAGUACAUAAAACUAUACAGAGAGAUUUGUGACGGACACAUGAUGUCUAAAGAUAUCCUUCUCAGAUCAGGGAACGGAUCAUCCUACUCUGCAGACGAUGCCGUGAAAAAGGUGUUGCAAAUGAAACCAAUCGUCAUCCAGAAGAUGGACGAUCCAGAUAAAUGGCUGUUUUACGGUGAAGACACUAAUGUAAGGUCUGCAAUUGCAGAAGUCUGCAAGACGUUAAAAAUGGAUAAUCCCCUUCGAAAACUUCGCAAAGCAAACGUACGUUCUGUUCCAGACAAGGAGGAGAUUACUGGUGCUGUUAAUAGCCACAUGCCCUUGGGAAAUUAUGAAGUAGAGAAAGAUUUACAGCUGAAAAAUCCCGAUGACAUGAGAAGCCCUAUUCAUGAAGACGUUCCGGUUGACAAAGAACAGCCUUUUGUGAUCGAAACAAAGAAGGGAUUCCGGUUGACGGUUUACCAGGGAGACAUUACAAAAGAGCAAGUCGACAUCAUUGUUAACUCCACUGAUAAACAUCUUAGCUUCAACAUUGGAUUACCAGCAGCAAUAGUGAAGCAUGGGGGUUAUAAUAUACAAGAAGAAGCUAAGUCUAAAAAAAGAAGUCUCAAACCGGGAGAGUUUGUGAUAACAAAGCCAGGAAAGCUGAGUUGUUCAUGCAUUAUGCACAUAUUAACGCAUAAAUACGAAGAUACUAAAAGGGAAGAUGGGCAAGAAUGCAGAAGGCUCGUCAAGGAGGCAUGUCUUAAAUGCCUGAAAAUCGCUUACGGUGCUAGGAAAUAUAAAUCAAUUGCUUUUCCGGCUGUGGGAUCAGGACAACAAGAAAUGCCCCUUAACGUCUGUGCGUCAGCAAUGAUCAGUGCAGUCGAGGAAUAUAUGAAAGAUAAUGACCCAAACAAAGGCGCCAUUACUGACAUCCGAUUUGUCCACUUGGAUCCUGCUGCAGUAGAGGCAUUUAAAGUGGAGCUCUCAAGAAGAUAUAAGGAUUCCAUUGUGACACCUUCUGGAAGAAGAGGCAUCAUGAAACGAAGCAAACACUCAACUUUAACUCUUCCUACUGAAAAGAGCACUGGUUCUUCUUCUGACAAAAGAACAGCAAAAAAAGACGACGAAGAAGAUGUAUGCCCGAUCUGUUUAGAUGGAUUCCAUGAUCCUACAGUUCUGCAGAAGUGCAAACAUAAAUUCUGUAAGAAGUGUAUUGAUCUAGCUUUCCAGCACCGCAAGGCUUGUCCUACCUGUGGAAUGGCCUAUGGAGUACACACAGGAAACAUGCCACAAGGUACCAUGCACCACUCUCUGGAACCUUACUUAAGACUUCCGGGAUAUGAAAGAUACGGUACCAUAAGGAUAGACUACCAUUUCCCAAGUGGAAAACAAGGUCCUGAACACCCAAACCCAGGACAAUAUUACAGUGGAACUUCAAGAACAGCAUAUUUACCCGACUGCCCAGAGGGAAGAAAAGUGUUAGAUUUGCUCAAGAAAGCGUUCAAUGCAAGGCUGACUUUUACCAUCGGAAGGUCUGUGACUACUGGUGCUUCUAAUGUCGUGACAUGGAACGAUAUACACCACAAGACUAACCCUUAUGGAGGAGCAGCUGGAUUUGGUUACCCAGAUCCAACUUACCUAAAGAGGGUUAAAGACGAGCUCGCUGCCAAAGGAAUCAACUGAAUGCCAUUUCAAUGGCAACUGAUCUCAUAAUGCAAAAAUGCGAAACUGAAACUUUGGUAAAUUACAGUUGUUAGACAGUAAUUCCUUACCAUGAUAGUGGUAAUGUUAGUUCACUCACACCACGUACUAGCACUUAAAGUUUGGUCCUCACUAGUGACAUAAUCAUAACAUAAGCAUUAGCAUUAGGAUCAAAACGUUCCGUUCUUCUUUUAUGCUUAUAAGUUCUGUCGCUAACGUAGCCGUUAUUAAUUAGUGCCUUCGCAGUAAUAGUGGUAACCGUUAGAUGAGGGGCCCAAGGUGUUAGUGCCGCCAUGCAGGGUCUUGGCAUCACCAUAGUAUUCUAGGCCGGAAUUAUAGUGAAUUCGUGGUAAUAUCGUAACCGUUCAUGAGGGGCCCCAGGGUAUUAGUGCCGCGAGGGUCUUGGCAUCACCAUGGUUUUCUAGGGAAGUAGUGCCUUCGUAAUUGUUUACAUGGAAUUUAUUAAUGAGGGACUACAAGGUAUUAGGGCCACUAGCGUUGUGGUACGUUAAGGGUAGAAAAAUGUAUCGCUAUCACGAUCGUCGUAGUAUUGCCGUUACCCGGGGAACGAUGGAUACAAGGAAUUGUAGCCCCAAGGGGAUGAAAAUCACAGGAUAUUAGCCCCUGUAGAAAAUAUCCACCACAAGUGUUCAAGUUUUAAGUACGUCCAUUCUGCCAUGGACUAUUACUAUUAACACAGUAGCUUAGUUUCAAGUAUUACAUUAUUUCAAUAGACAGUUUUGUUGUUGUUCAGCAAAAUCUUGAUUAACUAAUCCACGGUUUUCCCAUUGAAAUCACGUGUCAUUUCUACGAGAAUUAUUUCUUUCUUUUUUUAUUAAUAGCAUGAAUGACUAAACAGUUUAUCGUGUAUGAAUCUCAAAUAAAGAAUAUUAUUCUAAAAGGAAUGGCAAGUGGUACAGUGAAUUGGAACAAUGAAUUGGGUGUAUUUUGUUUUAUACUACUUAAUUAACUGUUUUCAAAUGCAUGUCAUAAAAAAGUAAACUUAGACUUUAUAGAAACACGUACAUGAUUACGUGUGCCAAUAUAUCCAUUAGAAAAAGGUCAUUGCACGACAAAGCAUUCCCUAAAGAUGCUACAUCGUUUUAAUAGUAUAGUUAAUUCAAUAAAAAAUCGUGUGCGUUUCC